GAACACAAUCAGGCACGAAGUAAACAGACUUUUUAACACAAGUGAGGUAAUUUUGCACUUCUCCCUCCAGACCGUGGGAGCAAAGGGGACUCAUUCACCAAGCUAUGGUAGCCGUGUAAACAAAUCACUAAAAUGGCAACAGAGAUAAAGAACUUGGAACUUGUUCUUCAGCAGCUGGAAACCAAGUGUAUAUCUGCUAAGGAGAAGAUGGAGAUGCUAAGGAGCCCAGUUGCUGGUCCAUUCAAAGGACAAGACAUCACAGCAUUAGCAGGAAAACUCAAACACGUGGCUCUAAACACACCACUGCGGUUUAGUAUGGAGGCCAUGAGACCCCAGUCAAAGAACAACUCUCGCUUUGGCAACCUAAGCCACCAUUCCUUCUUCUCACGGCACAACCCCCAUCCUCACCGAGUGACCCACAUCCAAGGCUUAAAUGGCGCCCCCAUCUGUAUGGUUAAUGAUGCGUGGUCUGUGCUGACUCCUUUGUCACCUCAUCCAAUGAUAAAAGGCCAGCUUUCUACUACUGUACUGAGGGUGUCAGGGGCCCAGAUGCCGAUUGGAGAUCCACAUAGUAAUCUUGUCCCCAGAUUAACUGUAGGUGUCUUGUCCGAUGCAUGGAGAGAAGAACUGCGGGAACUCGCUGCCAGAGUUAGUGCUUCCUCCUCCACUGAAAUGGAGCAAAAGGAAGUGGCGGAAGAGCCCCAGAGAGCAACACAGUACUCAGCAGAAACUGGGCGCCUCAUCCCACCUUCUUCUCGGGCAACAACCCGCCAUACGCCCCACCAGUUGUGCCGGAAUAAUGCAAAGAACAAAGGCAAAGAUGCUGCCCUGUCUUUCCAAGGCCAAGAGCUGGUAAUUUUGGAGCUGCUGUGUCAGAUCCUGCAGACAGACUCUUUGUCGGCUAUUCAGCAAUGGCUGCUCACAGCUGGUCAGAGGGAAAAGGAUCUUGUUAUGAGGAUGUUGCAGACUGCAACAGCCAACCUACAACUGGAGCCCCAGUCCUUGAGCACAAGCAUGGAGCAGAGGCUUCAGUCCCAGACUGCAAUGGGCCUGUCCUCCAGAGGGCAACACUUGGGAAGCAAUCAUCCAAUCAGAUUGUCUCAGAGCCAGAAGCAAGAAUCCAUUCCAGAGGAAGACAAGCCAGUGCAUAUGGGUACUGCAGAAGUUCUCCAGUUCCAUUUAUCCCAGGAUGUAAAGCAGAACCAGCCAGAUCCACCCAAUUAACUUGGAAUCUUCUCUCAUUCCUGAUGGAAGAGCCUCAAGAAGUGCUAGCACAUUUCCUGCUAUAGCUGCAGUGUUUUACUCUCAUUACUCACCUAGUGAAAAAGUGUUCUGUAGAGUACAUGAAAAGGCAUGCAAUAUCCUGUAUCACCUAAUUCCUCUCUUCACUUUGACAUUGUAUGUUGAGUCGUGGCAAAUUUAAACAGAAUUUGUUUAAUGACUGUGCCAUAGACAUUAAGUCAUACUGUAAAAUGGGUCUCUGUGAAAUUCCAAAAGUCCCCAUAGCUGUAGAUGCUUAAAGUACUGCUUCUGCUAUGAUCCAGCUGGGUAUUUGGUUCAAUAUGCAGAAUCACAAAGAGAAUGUGGCUGUGUUUUUCCAAUGAUCUCAGAUGCAGGAGGUGCAUGGUCCAUGGGGUGGGUUGACUCGCUGCUUGAAAGAUUGGCCGUUAAACAUUUCAGUCCUUCCUCUCAGAUCCCGUGGGUACCGCUGAGCAAUUGCUCGCCAUUCCAAAGGACUCAAAUCAGUCCUGUCAGUGCUUUUUUAAAGCCACUGGAGGAGACAAAGCCAUUCUGGGUAGUA